GUGUGUGGUGUGUGUAUGUGUGUACACGUGUGCUGUGGGCUCCCUACUCAACGGGGACUGUUUUUACAGCUUAGACGAAACUUCCCAACCUGCCUGCCUGCUUGGAAGAGCCCUCCCCGGGCCCCCCGGGCCUCCCACUCCGAGGCUCUGCUCAGCCCGGCAGGCGGCGGGCUCCCCGGUGCCCCCCUGCAGACGCUCUCCGAUGAGGAGCUGAUGAUCCAGAGCGCAGUUAAAAAAUUUGCCCGGGAACAAGUUGCUCCUUUGGUCUCGACCAUGGAUGAAAAUGCAAAAAUGGAGAAAUCAGUCAUACAAGGACUGUUUCAGCAAGGGUUCAUGGCCGUGGACAUCGACCCCAAGUACGGAGGGACCGGGGCCUCCUUCUUCUCCCUGGUCCUGGUGGUGGAGGAGCUGGCCAAGGUGGACGCGUCCGUGGCGCUGAUCUGCGACAUCCAGAACACGGUGGUGAACGGGCUGGUGCGGAAGCACGGGACGGAGGAGCAGAAGGCGGCCUACCUGAGCCAGCUGGCCACGGCCAAGGUGGGGAGCUUCUGCCUGUCGGAGGCCGGGGCCGGCAGCGACUCGUUCGCCCUGAAGACCAGAGCCGAGAAGAAGGGGGGCCACUACGUCCUCAACGGGUCCAAGAUGUGGAUCAGCAGCGCCCGGGAGGCCGAGCUCUUCCUGGUGAUGGCGAACGCGGACCCGGGCGCGGGGUACCGAGGCAUCACCUGCUUCGUGGUCGACCGGGACACGGAGGGCUUCCACGUGGGGAAAGCCGAGAACAAGCUGGGCAUCAGGGCCUCGUCCACCUGCCCGCUCACCCUCGAGGACGUCAAGGUUCCAGAAGCCAAUGUCCUGGGGCAGGUGGGCCAUGGCUACAAGUACGCCAUAGGGAGCCUCAAUGAAGGGAGAAUAGGAAUCGCUGCUCAGAUGCUGGGAUUGGCUCAAGGAUGCUUUGACUAUACUGUUCCGUACGUUAAAGAAAGGAUGCAGUUUGGCAAAAGAUUAUUUGACUUUCAGGGGCUGCAGCACCAGGUGGCCCAGGUGGCCACCCAGCUGGAGGCGGCGCGGCUGCUGACCUACAACGCUGCGCGGCUGGUGGAGGCGGGGAAGCCGUUCAUCAAGGAGGCGGCCAUGGCCAAGUACUACGCGUCCGAGGUCGCGGGGCUGACAACCAGCAGAUGCAUCGACUGGAUGGGAGGCGUGGGCUACACCAGGAACUGCCCGGUGGAAAAGUACUUCCGCGUAGCGCGGCCAGGUACAAUAUACGAGGGCGCGUCCAACAUCCAGCUGAACACCAUCGGGAAGCACCUCGACGCGGCGUACUGACCCCGGGGCCCGCUGGGCCGUCUGAACCCCGAAGCUCUGUGACCUGGGGAGCGUCACCCGGCAGCACAGUGAUUGAUGGAAGUUGUGGUCGUGGGUCUCGGGUCGCCAUCUCUGUGUUCUUCCAGCUCCGCCCAGCGUGGGCACAGGAAGCCACUUGAACAUCUGGGGGGAAAUGCUCUCCGGCCUCCUCGGAACUUUCUAAAGGUCUGAGGCCUCGUCCCAGCUGCAGGUGCUGAGGGGCCUCUCCACGGCUGGGCGCUGGUGACCCGGGCGUUGUCUGUUCCCACGAGACCUCCUUUGUGGCAUUCGUCAGACAUGUCUGUGAGACUUGGCACGUCUCCCGGAUUGAGUCCACCCUAAGCUGCUCAAUGAGGUAGAAACGGACAAAUACUUUCUGUAGGAAAAUCGAAGAGUUCUAGUUGUGAAACCUGAGAAUGGGAGGAAGGUAAGGAUCCCACUCUGUAAGUCGUAAACGUGAAGAAAACGCUAUUUUACCAAAAUAAAGCGAAGAUGUCGCGAG